AUGUUGCCUUCUGAGAAUACUUCCCCUAGAAAAACAUUCAAAAAACUCAGAAAUUCUUUCCAUUUAAUCAAAUCCCAAGUUGGUUUUCAUCACUGUAAAUGGUUUUUCCUUAUCAUUCUAAUCCAAAUCUCUUUCAUUCUUUUCCUCGCCGGAACUUCUCCUCCGGCGUCGCCACCCCAACAACAACAACAACAAAACUUCCAAAUCCUAAAACCUCAACGGAACAAACACCAAAAACAGAGCAAGAACCCCAUUAACGACCAGCACAAACAGUUAGUACAAGGUAAGGAACAACGUGAGAAGUGUGAAUACGGUAGAGUUUACGUAUACGAUCUUCCAGCAAAGUUCAACAAAGAUCUAUUAAACAACUGCCAUGAUUUAGACCCGUGGAGUUCACGUUGUAACGCCGUUUCAAACGGCGGUCUAGGUCCAAAAGCAACUGGACUUGACUCAAUCAUACCCAAAAAUCUCCUCUCCGCUUGGUAUUGGACUGAUAUGUAUUCAGCAGAGGUAAUUUACCACGAAAGAAUGUUGAAUUACAAGUGCAGAACCUUGAACCCCAAAAAUGCUACUGCUUUUUACAUACCUUUUUAUUCAGGACUUGCAAUUGGUAAAAUUUUAUGGUUUACUACAGCAAAAGAACGAGAUCGGCCUAGUGAAGAGAUGUUACAAUGGGUAAAAAAUCAACCUUAUUGGAAACAGAAUAACGGGUCGGAUCAUUUUCUUAUGCUGGGUAGAUUAACUUGGGCUUUUAGAAGAAAAACUGAUGAUGAUUCAGAUUGGGGUACGAGUUUUCUCCGAAUGCCACUAAUGAAGAAUGUUCUCCGUUUAUCUAUUGAAAAAAAUCCAUGGGAUGAUUUAGAGGUAAGUAUUCCAUAUCCUACAGCUUUUCAUCCUCGAUUCGAAUAUGAAAUUAAACAAUGGCAAGAUCUAGUGAGGUCGAGAAAUCGUUCUAGUCAUUUCUGUUUUGUUGGUGCUGUGAGAAAGAAAAUCAAGAAUGAUUUUAGAGAAGUUUUAAUGAAUUAUUGUAAGAACGAGACGAGUUCUUGCAAAGUGGUUGAUUGUUCUGUAGCUCAUUGUUAUGACGGAGCACCAGCAAUUUUAGAAGCAUUUUUGGAUUCGGAUUUUUGUUUACAACCAAAAGGGGAUGGAUUUACGCGAAGAUCACAGUUUGAUUGUAUGUUAGCAGGUUCAAUACCUGUUUAUUUUUGGGAAAAUAGUUUUAAAACUCAAUAUGAAUGGCAUUUGCCUUUACCAUAUGAGAAUUAUUCAGUUUACAUGGAUCAUAAACAAGUUAGAAAUGAUACUUCUAUAGUUAGAAAAGUGCUUGAUAAGUUUAGCAAAGAAGAUGUGAGAAAAAUGAGAGAGAUUUUGAUUAAUGUUAUGCCUAAGUAUUUGUAUGCAAGAUCUAAUCAAGGAUUAGGGAGUAGUAAUGAUGCAUUUGAUAUUGCAAUUGAGGAAGUUUUGAGGAGAUUUAAGCAGCAAAGGGAACAACAACAAAUCUUGGAGAAAACAAGUAAAAAGGAUCACCCGGUGCACUAA